UUUGAGAAUUAAAAUUGGAGCACUCGUUACAUUGCUAAAACUCAGCUUUUCGCAGGAAGCAAUUCACUUUGUUGAAGUACAGCAGCUCUACAUACUAAAACAUUGUAGCAGGAAGACAUUAGGAAAAAACUGAGGUGCUCCAACAUCUACAUGAAGGCCACAAAAACAAUCGGGCCCAAGAUUGUUGGCCACAAUAUUUUAACAUGCUUCAUGCAACACCUUCAUUAACAACUCUUGCAAGAAUGAAUUGACGUUACUAAAAGAAGUCCCAAUUUCUUGUUGUUUUUUGUUUUGAAAAAAUAUGAGAAUUAAAUAUGGCUAAUGCUUAUAUGCUUAGGAACCUGUUGUAAUAUCAGAUGACAUGCUUUAACAAUGCAAUUCAUUUAAUUGAAACGUUAAUAGUUUGUCAAAUAAGGCUUGGUGACUGCAUAACAUUUACUAUUUUUAUAUUCCCCUUACUUUUCCCUUUCAGCAAGAGAUAAAUCUCCACAGAUCAAAUACAGAAUUAUUUUAAAUAAAACUUAAAUAAAGUUGACCAAUGAGCACCAUGAGUCACUACUUUGUUGAUCAUAGGUGUGACUCAUGUUUACAUGGAAAACUACUUAUACUGCUUCACAAGUAGAGGUAAUGGAAAGGAAAGGUUGUAGUGUGAUCAUUUUCACUAUGUUGAUAAAUGUAAAAACAAAGAAGAGAUCAAUUAUUAAAAAAAACAGCCUCCUCCCAUAUCUGGGUCCCCUCCCAUAUAGCCACAUACAGCUUCAUAAUAUGUUUACGAGAUCUAAAUAAUCAGAUACCUCCCCUGAAAUACCCAAACAAUGAUGAUCAUACUUUAUACAGUUCUUCUCUUCCCAAUUGGACGAUGUACACAAGAAUAUACAACAAAAACUGUUUCUGUUGGAGAAGAUGUCACUCUGACAUGCAGCUGGAGACGUAAUUCAUCAGGUUACCUCUUCUGGAUGAAAGUUGCUGCUGGAAAUUUGCCUGAAAUCUUAGGAGCAACUUAUACUUUUGAUGGCAUCAUUGUUAACUCUACACCUCGCAUCACAACAGAAAAAGAACCAGGAACUUUCCUUCUCCAUAUAAAGCAAACAGAGCUGAAAGACACUGCUUUUUACUACUGUGAGGAAAUAUCGGAGCUACAGAAAUCCCUUCAGAAUGUGACUUUUUUGAAAGUUAAAGGACCAGAAGCUGAAAUUACCACUGUUGUUCAAGAACUCCCAUCGCUUCCAGUCCAUCUAAGAGACUCCGUGACUCUUCAGUGUUUGGUCCAGUCUGAAUCUGAUGACCAUGCAAGUUCAGAUCAUCACAGUGUUCAUUGGUUCAAAGCCAAGUUUGAUGAAUCUCAUCCCAGUAAACUUUAUGUUCAUGGAAAAUCUGCAAGUAAAUGUGAGAGGAUUCCUGAGACCCCGUCUGUGAGGAAAUGUGUCCACAACUUUUCAUUGAACAAUGUCGGCUCCUCUGAUGCGGGAACGUAUUACUGUGCCGUGGUCACAUGUGGGCACCUACUGUUUGGAAAAGGAACAAAACUGGAAAUUGAAGGAUCCUUAUUUGUCUCUCAUUAUGUUGGGGCCAUUAUGUUCAUUGUCCUGCUGUGUGCUGCUUUGGCUAUCACUGUGACAGUUAUUGUCCGACUAAAUCACACCAACAAAAAACUAAGGAGAGGCGCCACUGAAGCUGCUGCAGAUUCUGAAAUAGCUGCAGCUCAACAAAGUUUGGCAACAAAUGAAGAUGGUUUGAUUUAUUCUGUACCAAAUUUUGCAAAGAAAAAGGCUGAACAAAAAGGAAAGAGAGACACAAAGGCAGCGGGCGGACAAUGCAUCUAUGCUGGUGUCCGGACUUUGGGGUAUGAAUAGCAGCGUUAUCUGAUUUACAACCUGAAGAGGAACUUGAUGAUAUAUCAUUCAAAACAAUUCUGAUUUCUUUUUUUAUUGACAUGAGUAUAUGUGAGAAUCAUUUUAUCAUACAUUUAAUUGGAUAGUUUGACACUUUUUUACUCUGUUUGUCCCUUUGUUAUAUGUUAAGUCUGACAAUUUACUGCUUUGUACUGUUACUGCUGUGUCUGUGUGGUGACUAUCUGGAUUUUAAUUAGCCGAAACUGGCUCUCAUAAUAAGAAAAUAAGAGGUGUAGCAAAUUGACAAGUUGCUUAAUUAAGAACAACUCACACUGGCAACAAUAAGAACAAAACAAAGAAAUAAAGAAAUAAAGAUUCCUAAGUGUUAUAAGUUUAGACUACGGCAAAGAGAAAUUUAAAAAAGUAGUUUUUUAUGGUGUGAAAACCAUUUAGCAUUUACUACUGAAAAUAAGUUUAAUUUUAACAUUUUUUUAUUUCUGAAACUGUUGUUGACUUUUUAAAUGAUUAUUUAAUUCUGUUUACCUAAUAUUUUAAUAUAGAUGUCUGAGAAUGUAUUUUUUUGUUUGCAAGUGUUUUUGAUUUGACUGCUACUUUUUGCCUUACUUUACAGUACGAAUAAGUUUAUUCUUCAACCUAGAAAAAUUGACAUGUAAAAAGCAUAAAAAUUGCAUGUUGCUUUGGCUCUGAUAAUACGUAGUAUAUUUGUCUGUUUUAUAGAGCAAAUUUUAAUGUCUGCUUUUUUAACAUUUCAGUUUAAAAAAGAAAAUCUAAUCAAUAUUAAAUUUAAAUUGCGUUGAAACUGUGAGGUGCAUUAUUACCUUUAAUAAUAAACAAUUUGUUCAUGUUACAACUGGUGAGAAGAAACAAACUGACAGUGAAUGGCAACAAAAAAAUAAGUUCAUUCUGGAUUUGGAGAUGAAUAAAUAUGAAGACAACCACAGAAGGUCAGUAAAACUGUUAAGAAGUUAGAACACACGUAAACAACCUGGU